AUGAACUCAAAACAAUAUAUUGCUUCCUUCUGGACUGUCGUUACCCUCACCCUUGCGGCCGCAGCUGCCUCUACUCAUUCUCAACCAGCUUAUGGCUAUGCUCCUCAGCCUACCUACGAGCUAUUGUUCUUCCCGACGGUUGCCUACAGUGUCAACAGCGACAGGAUACGUGGCCGAGGUCAACUAGGAGGACGCCGUGACCUUUGCCUUGAGCCAUCUCCCUCGGUUUCCUCUUUUUAUGUCGUUGACUGCGCAGCAUACGUUGCCCUCGCCCUCGUGGCCGUUGCUGCUUCUGCUCUUUCUCAGCCAGCUUACGGCUACGCUCCUCAGCCUACUUAUGAGGUCCCUGCCAAGUACGAUUUCAACUAUGCAGUGAAGGACGACUAUUCCGGAAAUGACUUCGGUCACCAGGAAGCUCGCGACGGUUAUGAUACUCAGGGUUCUUACUACGUCCUCCUUCCCGACAGUCGUCUGCAGAGGGUCGCCUACACUGUCAACGGCGACUCCGGUUUCGUAGCCAAGGUCAGCUACGAGGGGGAAGCCCAGUACCCUGAGCACAAGCCUGCCUACAAACCUGCUCCUGCUUAUAAGCCUGCUCCUGCGUAACAGCCUGCACCUGCCUAGAAGCCCGCCCCAACCUACGAGCCUGCUCCUACCUACGAGACCAGCCCAGCCUACGCAUAA